AUGCACAGUGGCGCAAGAGGCCAGCUGCCACUACUGCUGAAUUCUCUCCCUUGCCAACUUUGGCUUCCUCUCCUGCUAUUCUCUCUGGGCGGCCCACUGUUCCUCGGAGGGGCAGCAACGUUUGGAUGUAUCAACGAGGACGAAGGAAGGCACCAGUUCGGAUCAGCAGGAGGUUUCCACUGUCCCUGGGUGCCGUGGCUUCCCCUCGCCUGCAUCCUGGUCAACGUCUAUCUCAUGGCCAACCUGGGUGCCUCCACGUGGCUCUACUCCUCCUCAUGGCUCGCUAUAGGAGCACUCGUUUACCUCGCGUACGGAAUCCGCCACAGUGCUUUGGGGAAAGUCCAUGCCGCGGGCCCGCGCGUUCUGGAUGCCUCCAAGCGCACGGCUAGCUGGUGGAACCUGGGCACGCCGUUUGAGGAGUGGGUGGUGCAACAGACGGGCAGGCAGGCGCGGGUGGGGCAAGGCCAAGGCAGAUAG